AAGCUCCUGUGGUGCUGCAAUGGAGAAAGUUGUAGAAGAUGCUACCAUGUCUCUUGUCUGGAUCCUUCUUUAGUUGAUGAAACACCUGGAGUCUGGCACUGUGCAUCCUGUGUUAAGAAGAAGAUAGAAUUUGGUGUCCAUACAGUGUCAAAAGGAGUAGAGUCCAUUUGGGAUGUUAGAGAAGUUGUAGUUUCAGAUAUGAAAGGGAUACGUAGGCAGAAGCAGUAUCUUGUUAAGUAUCAAGGUCUUGCUCACGUUUACAAUCAUUGGGUAUCAGAAACAUUGAUGCUUCAUGAAUCUCCUUCUCUGGUUGAAAAGUUUAAUAGAGAGCAUCAGAUUGUUACAUGGAACCCAGAGUGGAGAUUGCCACAUCGUUUGCUUAGAAAGAGACGUUUAAUGUCCUUUAGCCAUCAGGAGGAGUAUCCAAGUUCAAACAAUGAUGCUGUUCCCUAUUGCCAAUUUGAAUGGCUUGUCAAAUGGCGUGGGCUUGAUUAUGAGCAUGCUACAUGGGAGGUUGAUAGCAUGAAGUUCCUACGUUCACCUCAAGGUCAGAGACUUGUGAGAGAGUAUGAAAUUCGUCAUCAGAAGACAAGAAAAGUGUCUGACAAGAGUGCAAAGGGAGCUUUUACUGAACUGCAGAAACUUCCACCAGGAGGAUCAUUUAGAGCUGAUGACAAUAUGUUAAACAAUGUGAAUAAGCUGCAGGAGUUUUGGUGUAAGAACCAGAGUGCUGUUGUCUUUGAUGAACAGGAUCGAUUGGAGACUGUGAUCUUAUUCAUCAAAGCAUUGUCUGAACAUCAUCAGCCUUUUCUCAUUGUUACAACUUCCGCUGCUUUGUCCCAGUGGGAAGUUGAAUUUAUGCGAAUAGCACCGUCAGUUGAUGUCAUAGUUUACAGUGGAAAUAGGGAUACCAGGAGCAUCAUCAGGACACUGGAGUUCUAUGAUGAAAGUGGUGGUAUAUUGCUUCAAGUAUUGUUAUCUACUAUGGAAAUUGUUAGUGAGGAUUUACAAACUUUUAAAGAGAUUAAAUGGGAAGCAGUUAUAGUUGAUGAGUGCCAAUCUAGGAGUAUGAACACAAAUGUGGCACUUAUUAAGGUGCUUCAAACGAAUGUGAGGCUGCUUCUUUUUAGCAGUCAACUAAAGGAUGUUGUAGCUGAGUACCAGUAUGUUUUGUCAUUGCUUGAUUCUUCUGGAGAUCUGAAGUUGAACCUGAGUGAUAAUCUUGUUAAACUGAAGGAGAGCUUAUCACAUUUUACAGCAUAUGGAAGCAAAUUUGGGUCUUCUAAGUUUGUGGAGUACUGGGUUCCUGUUCCGAUAUCAAACUUGCAGCUGGAGCAGUACUGUUCCACGCUAGUUACAAACACUAUUGCUCUUUGCUCUCCUUCAAAGAGGGAUGGUGUUGGGGCCCUCUUAGAUAUUCUGAAGACACUUCGGAAGUGUUGUAGUCAUCCUAUACUGUGGACUUGUAUACUAAAACCUCAGUCAUUAAGGGACUCCAAGCACCUGAGAUCUUGUUCUUCUAUGGGGAAUCAUUUUCAAGCAUAUGCAUUUUGGGAUAGACCUUCAAAUGGCAGUUCUGAGGGAACACCUAUUGGAAGCAUAUUGGAAGAUUUUCUGGCUCAAAGGUUUGGACAAAAUUCUUACGAGGGUUUUGGAGCAACUUUUGACAUAAUGACAAAAAGACAGGCUACUAUGGACAGGUUCAACAGUAAGGAAGGCGGAGAGUUCGUGUUUUUGUUAGACAUUCGGGCUUGUAUGCCAAGCAUCAAGUUGUCAGUGGACAUUGUUGUCUUGUUUGAUACUGACUGGAAUCCUGCAAAUGACAUGAAGGCUCUACAACGAAUUUCCAUCAUUUCACAGAGUGACCAGAUCAAAGUUUUUAGGCUCUAUUCAUCGUAUACUUUAGAAGAAAAAGUAUUGAUACUUGCAAAACACAACAAGAAUGUUGAAAGUAACUUGCGAAGCUCAAGUCGUGCUACUGAUGACACUCUUCUCAUGUGGGGUGCCUCAUACUUGUUUAGGAGGUUGGACAAUUAUCAUGCAGAAAAGAGCACUGCAUCUGCUGCCGAUGUUUCAUCUGGACAACAGCGGCUAUUGGAUGAUAUUGUUAAGGAUUUCAUGGCCAAACUUCUCGAUGUUUCUAAGAACAACAAUGAACAUGAUUCUAUAAUUUCAAAAGUUUUUCAUAGUGAGGGUGUUUACCAUUCAGAUUGUUUGUUGCUUGGGGAGAGAGAGGUUAAGUCAACUGAUGGAGAAGAACGCCAGAUAUAUUGGAAGAAGCUGUUGGAGGGACGGAAUCCUCGGUGGAAAUUGUUGCCUGGAUCAACUUUGAGAAGCAGGAAGAGAGUUCAUUAUGCUGAGAAUGAUGAACCUGCAAAGAAGCACCAGAAGGUGUUAGAUGGUUCUGAUUCUCCAUCUUUUCAACCUGAGGUUGAAGAGAGAAUUCAAGCUCCAGGAUCAAAGGCAGGUAAAUGUUAA